GGGCAGGGUCAGAACAGCUUAGUUCUGCAGAGGACCGGGCAGGCAUGGGCUGCGCCCUCCGCUGUUUGCAUUCUGCCCGCGCGUCCCCUGUUUGAGCUCUAAUCCCGAAGUUCUACAAAUCAAUUAUUGACGAUGUGAUUGAAGGGGUCCAAGAUGCUUUUGUGGAAGAAGGUGUAGAUGAACAGGUCUUGAAGGAACUGAAACGGCGCUGGGAAACUAAAGUAAAGCAGUCCAGAGCGACAGAAGGCUUCUUUAAACACAGCCAACUCUCACCACAGUUCAUGCUGCAUCUGCCUCGGAACCUCCCUCAGGCCCUACAAACACCAGCAGGUGUGGCUGCUGGCAGAUGUAUUCGACAGUCUACUGCGACUACCGCAACAGCCGAACUGUCCUCUUCCAGGGCUGGUGGUGCAAUCUUGACCAUUCCUUCAGGACUUACUUAUCCUAUCCAAAUCCCUGCUGGAGUGACUCUGCAGACAGCAUCAGGACAGUUGUAUAAAGUCAACAUGCCAGUGGUAGUCACCCAAGCCCCAGGAAGUGGGACAGUCCUCCAGAGUCCUGUUCAGCAAAUACUGCAGCAGCUUGGGCAGCAGCCCUCACAAGCUCAGACCACUGCUAUUAGUGCCACCCAUGUGAACACCUUCUCAGUUCAAGUGUCUGGGAAGGAAAACCUGCAGGUUCAGAAGUCUGUUGCACCCCAGCAGACAGGGCCAGAAGAAAAAGCCUUGCCCAGUGCUGCAGUUUUGCAGGAUUCUACUGGGCAUCAAGAGGAAGCUGUGGUGGGCAGCGGGAUAAGCCAGCAGCUUUCUAGCUUGUUGGAGACUCCCCAGAAGGCUGAUGUCCAAGUAGCUGUCCCUGUUUCAAAGCCAUUGAAAGUAGACUGUGCCAGAGUGGCUGUAGGAAUGGCACCCAGCGGCUCUUCCAAGUGGGGAGAAUGUCCUGAAAAUCUGGAACACCCACUGGAUGCUGAUGAUAUGAUUGAGCUGAUAUUUAUGGGCAGUGAACUGGAUGAUAGUCUCUUCCUGCGAGAUGAAGCCACCCUCUCUUUUACUGAGGAGCUAGAUACCAGCAUGAAGCUGGAGUCCAAUAAUCUGAGGACUCAAAAGGAUAUUACCAGUGACCUGGAGGAGAUGAUUCAGCUGGAUGGAACAAACGAUGUUUCUCCUACGGCAGAAACAGAAAGCUCUAGAGAUAGGAAGAAUGUGGAGAUUGUUGGCAUUAUUGAGGCAGAAGAGCCAAAAGUUUUGGAUGAGGAAGAGGAGGAAGAAGCUGAAAACAGUACUUCAGACAAUCCAUCCAUUAGUAGCAGAAGCGACACUGAUGAACAAUCUGUUGACAUAAUUGAAGAGGAUCCUUUAAAUUCUGGAGAUGAUGUCAGCGAGCAAGAGACACCGGAUGUGUUUGAUACCGAUAAUACGGUUGUAUGUCAGUAUGACAAGGUUCAACGCAGUAAGAACAGAUGGAAGUUCUACCUGAAAGCUGGAGUCAUGUGCUUCGGGGGAAAGGACUAUGUCUUUUCGAAAGCCAUUGGAGAUGCAGAGUGGUGAAACUGGCAAAGUAGCUCCAGUGGACUUAUUUUUAUUAUUUUUAAAAGUACACUGUGCGUUGUACCCUUCAGUAACAAUAUACUGAAGUUUUUGUGUUGUAAAACUUGGAAGUGUAACUGUAUGAAACCAAACUUCACAUGAACAAAAUAUGUGGAUAUGUAGAAAAGAUAUCCUUUGUCAACAAAGAUUGUGCAUUGACCAGC